CAGCACCCAACAGCAGCAGCAAAUCCACAUGGCUAGUGGCUAUUGGCUCUACGGUUUCGUAACAGUCAUUCACACGCUUCACUUCGUUUGGUCAAUCAGAACCGUCCAUGGCAUGAUCCCACGGUCCCCAUUACAAUGCACCGCUUCAGGAUGCACCCUCAGCAACAGCUACGGCGCGUGGGGCGACCGCAAGGACUGUUCCGCCCUCAACGUGACCUACCCCACAACCGAAGACCAACUUCGUUCGGCAGUUUCCUACGCUGUCCGUAACAACCUCAAGGCCAAGGUUGUCACCGGAUUCUCCCACACAAUCCCCAAGCUCGCAUGCCCACAGAACGCCACAGUGUUCAUCAGCACAGACAAGUACAACUCCACCAUCCAAAUCGACGCCGUUAAUUUGGUUGUGACGGUUGAUGCGGGCGUUGGGCUUCGCCAAUUGAUUGACGCUGUUGAAGCCAAGGGCUUCAGCUUGGUGGCAGCGCCUUAUUGGGAGGGUGUCACUGUUGCAGGCCUUAUCAGCACUGGGGCGCACGGUAGCUCUUGGUGGGGACGCGGUGGUGCGGUUCAUGAUUAUGUUAUUGGAAUUACUCUUGUUGUUCCUGCUUCUAAGUCUGAAGGCUAUGCCAAAGUUUUGAGGUUGGACGCACAGGAUCCGUUGCUUAACGCUGCCAAAGUGUCACUCGGAGUUCUAGGUGCUAUAUCCAAGGUAAAGUUAUCACUUGAGCAUAGGUUCAAAAGAAGCAUAACAUACAAUUUCACAGGAGAUGAUGGCAUCGAAGAUGUGUACACAGAGCAUGCAAAACAGUAUGAAUUUGCGGAUAUAACUUGGUAUCCGUCGAGACACACAGCAGUGUACAGAUAUGAUUCCAGGGUUCCUAUAAAUGCAUCGGGUGAUGGACUUAAUGACUUCAUUGGAUUUCAACCCAAUCCUAUCUUGAUCUCAGAAUCAGUUAGAGCAGCAGAAAAACUAUUAGAAAGUACAAAAAACCCAAAUGGGAAAUGCUUAACGGCAGCUACUACUUUGGGAUUCAAGAAACUAGCAGGAAACGGGUUGAAGAACAAUGGGAUGAUUUUCAGUGGGUACCCAGUAGUGGGUUUCCAGGGCAAAAUGCAAACUUCAGGUUCAUGCUUAUACUCAACAAGAAUCGACACCUCCUGUGCUUGGGAUCCAAGAAUCAAAGGUUUUUUCUUCUACGAGAGCACCGCAAUCUUCCCUGCAUCCAAAUUUGGAGACUUCGUCCGUGACGUGAGAAAACUUCGCGAUCUCAACCCACAAAAUUUCUGUGGUGUGGACAACUAUAACGGCUUGCUCAUUCGUUUCAUCAAAGCCUCAAGUGCAUACCUAGGACAACCCGAAGACUCUGUGGUCGUUGAUUUCAACUACUAUCGUGCCAACGACCCAUCAGAUCCUAGACUCAACCAAGAUGUGUGGGAGGAAGUGGAGCAAUUAGCGUUCUUCAAGCAUGGGGCUAAGCCACAUUGGGCCAAGAACAGGAACAUAGCAUUCUUGGGAGUGCAACAAAAGUAUCCCAGGUUUAACAUGUUUGUUGCAGCAAAACAAAAAAUGGACCCUCAAAAUGUGUUCUCUAGUAAAUGGUCGGAUGACAUACUUUAUGGCAAGGAAUUGGAAAAAUUUGAUGGGUGUGCUUUGGAGGGACAAUGCAUUUGUAGUGAAGAUAAACAUUGUAGCCCCCAAAAGGGGUAUCUCUGCAGCCCUGGCCUUGUCUACAAGGAAGCUAGAGUUUGUAGAUACUUACCUUCCUCCAUCCCAUCAUCAUCCACCGCAUGAUCAUGGUGUUGAUAACUUAUGAUUGUGAUUGAAUAAAUACUGAGAAAUUGUAGAUGAAUAUGACUGCAAUUACAGUCACAAAACUACCAUAUAUUUUGGCUCAAAAUGCCUGAUUUAAAAUCAUAUGCUAUAAUUUCCUUCUCCUC